UUCCUACUUUUCCUUUGCAUCGUAAUUAAUAAGUGCCAAUAUUAUGGGUAAAAAUAAAGGAAAGGGACCCAAGGGGCCUAAAGCCAAUGUAUUUAAAGUCGCUGGAGCCAAGAGUUUGAAGAAGACGAAGGCAAAAGCAGUGAAUCUAGGAUUGAAAAAUAUAAAGCAGAAAGUCCAAGAUAUAGACAAGCAAUUUGUAGAAAUAAAUAAGAACCCAAAGCCUACUCAAAAACCUAAAGAGCCUGCCAAACAGCCUCCUAAAAAAUCUGUGAAGAAAGUAACCAAGGAAGAAGUGUCCAAAACUGCAGAAGAAAUAGUGAAAAUGGAUUUAUGACUUUAAAAAUUAAGUAUAUUUAUUUAAAUUUUA